AUGUCUGGUUUCAACUUUAACCCGAAACCAACAACGAACUCAAACUCUUCUGAUCCCAAAAGCUCGCCAUUUCUUACGUUCGGAUCAUCACCAUUUAACUUCAACCUACCAUCCUCCAAUACGCCACCAAGUGGAGCGUCAUCGUCCGAUGAGAAAAAAACCUUCUUCACUUUAAAUUCAUCAAACAACUCUACAGAUCAUUUCCCCGAAAUUCAUAAAGAAAUUGAACGGUUAUCGAAAUUAAUUCAAUCAGCAGAAUCGUCAAACAAGUCAAACAGUGAAGAAUUACAGAAAUUGAAAAAAGAAAAUGAAAAGCUAAAGGAAGAAAUUGAAAUGUCUAAAAGCGCUCUCUCAAAAUCAAAACUACUUCCAGAUGAUUUGCAAGUAGUAACAUUGGAUACCAUUCGACAAAUUAAAUUGAAUUUAAUAGAAUCGCAAAAACUGGUUUUAGAGCGAGAAAUGGAAUUAGUUGAGUCGGACAACUUUUGUUCUUGUUGCUUGGCCUCAAAGAAGACUGUUGUUUUUCUACCAUGUUGUCAUUUAUGUACUUGCGAGAAAUGUUCUUUGAAAUUAACUGCGUGCCCACUUUGUCGGAAAAACAUUGAAAAGUCAAUUUACACACAUAAUUGA